AUGCGUGGAAAGAAGUCCAAGUGCUCCUUCUCCCGCCUGGAGGUGGUCCUCAUUGUUUGCCUGGUGUUGAUGAUAACACUGACCGUGGUGCUCCUCGUCCUCCACUUUCUCACAAAAGAUGAGCCUCCCAAAGAGUCUGAAACAGCAAACUACUUACUAGGUGUAGGUCGAGCUGACUGCACGGGACCUGUGGCAGAAGUUCCUCUGAUGGGAUAUGCCAACCCAGAGCAGGUGAGUGGUGGGAUUCUCACACACCUCUACAGCCGAGCCUUCAUCGUGGCAGACCUUGAUGACUCCAGGAGGAUUGUGUUUGUCAGUGCUGACAUAGGAAUGAUGUCUCAGAAAGUGAGGCUGGAGGUACUCAAGAAACUGAAAAGCAAGUAUGGUGACCUGUACCGACAGGACAACGUCAUCCUCAGUGGCACCCACACACACUCAGGGCCUGGUGGGUACUUCCAGUACACCCUCUUCUGGAUCACCAGCAAAGGGCUUAUCAGACCCACACUCAAUGCCAUCGUGAAUGGCAUUGUAAAGAGCAUAGAUAUAGCACAUGACAACAUGAAGAGAGGAAGGCUUUUCAUAAACAGAGGCACUGUAGAAAACAGCCAGAUCAACCGAAGCCCUUUCUCCUAUCUGGAGAAUCCAGCAUCUGAGCGAAGCAGGUAUUCAUCCAACACAGAUAAAGAAAUGGUGAUGCUGAAGAUGGUAGAUGAGCAUGGAGAGGAUCUAGGCCUAAUCAGCUGGUUUGCCGUGCACCCAGUGAGCAUGAACAACACAAACCAUCUGGUGAACAGUGACAAUGUGGGUUAUGCAUCUUACUUGUUCGAACAGGAGAAGAACAAAGGAAUGCUUCCUGGAGAGGGCUCUUUCGUUGCUGCCUUUGCAUCCUCCAACUUGGGAGAUGUGUCUCCCAACACGAGAGGCCCUUUCUGUGCCAACACGGGCGAGUCAUGUGAUAACCCCCAGAGCUCCUGUCCCAUUGGAGGGGCAACAAUGUGCAUGGCCACGGGUCCUGGGAAAGAUAUGUUUGAGAGCACAAGAAUUAUAGGGAAAAACAUCUACUCAAAAGCUUGGGAGCUGUAUGAAAAAGCUUCCCAGGAGAUCACAGGACCCCUCAGCUCAGCUCACCAGUGGGUGAACAUGAGUGACGUCACGGUGGAACUCAAUGCCACACACACGGUUAAAACCUGUAAACCAGCCUUAGGACACAGCUUUGCUGCAGGGACUAUCGAUGGAGUGGGAGCGUUCAACUUCACACAAGGCUCAGUAGAAGGUGACCCGUUCUGGGAUCAGAUCCGGGACCAGCUGCUGGGAGAGCCAUCCAAUGAAACAAAAGCCUGCCAUGAACCCAAGCCAAUCCUCUUCAGCACAGGAGAGAUGACUAAGCCUCGCCCAUGGCACCCAGAUAUCGUGGAUGUGCAGAUUGUUACCAUUGGAUCACUAGCAAUCAUUGCUGUUCCUGGAGAGUUCACGACCAUGUCUGGACGCAGGCUACGGGAAGCUGUGCAAAAAGAAUUUGAUUCCCAUGGGGCACCAAGGACACAUGUUGUAAUUGCAGGCCUGUGCAAUGUCUACACCCACUACAUUGCCACCUAUGAAGAAUACCAGGUUCAGCGAUAUGAGGCUGCGUCGACUAUUUAUGGGCCACACACCCUCUCUGCUUACAUCCAGCUGUACAGAGGACUUGCAAGAGCUAUUGCUACGAAUACCACCCAGGAUUUGCCCUGUGGUCCAGAGCCUCCACUUUUCAGUAUAGGCAACCUGACCUUGCUGCCUGCUCUCAGUGCUGAACGUGCACCAGCCAAUAAGACAUUUGGGGAUGUGCUACAAGAAGUGAAACAACAGUAUCAAGUGGGAGGAGUUGCUGAAGUAACUUUCGUAGGUGCAAACCCCAGGAAUUCUGCAGAGAAUGCGACUGAACACAACUUCCUGACGGUGGAGAGAUAUGCCAACAUUUCGGACAGCUGGCACGUGGUGCAGAACGAUGCCUCCUGGGACACCAGGUUUUACUGGACCAAAGGGUCACAGGGUCAGAGUACAGUGAAGAUUCAGUGGCACAUCCCUCACGACACGGAGCCAGGCAUCUACCGCAUACAGUACCUCGGGCACUACAAGAAACGCCUGUCCCUCUUCCGUACCAUCACUGUUCCCUUUGGAGGCACAUCUUCAACCUUUGAGGUCACCACUCCAUAG